AUGGCAUUCGAGGCCGCACAAAAUAAUCUGAGCAUCCUAAAGACCACCACAUAUCGAUAUCUCAGUUGUAUGUCGGCUUUUUUCUGUCGAGGUAGCCUUCUAGAGGAGCAACGUGUGUCUCAGUCUGUGGGUGAGGCUUUUGUCAUGAAGAUCCGCAACAUGCCUCGUGCCAAGUAG